AUGUUCUGCGACAAGUCUCCAGAUCUAGUUCACCCAGAUGUCGAGACCACAAAGCGUCUCCUCGCCGAGGAAGAGGGCCACCUAUGGACCGGCGAUGACGACGAUGCCUGCAUAAACACCGCCUCAGCAUUCCUCCAAUUUAUAGCCCUUUCUAUCUGUUUCCUGGUCGGAACUCUCUUGGGUUUCUUUUGGAGAGGUGACCUGGAUGGCUUGUGUGGAGGACAUGUUUCGCAAUACUCACCCCUGUUGAACGAGGUCGGUAUCACAUACACCCUGGAGGAAUUCGAUGGGUCACUCCUCAAGGAGAACGUAUUCCGACAAAAUGCAAGUCCGGAGGUUGAUGCCGCAUGGCACUCUCUGGGAGUGAAUUAUCGCGGUAUUCGCAUACUCGCCGACGACGCAGCAGAGGCGGAUAUCACGAAAGAUCAAGUCAAAAUCCAAGACAAGUAUGGAGGAGGAUAUGUGGCCAAUGUGGAGGGUCUCCAUCACCUUCAGUGCUUGAAUCUCCUCCGCCAGUCUUUAUACUACAACUAUGACUACUACCACACCAAACGCGAGGGAGUGUUCGCCAACAAUGACUACAUAGCUCGCCGCCACGUGUCUCACUGUCUCGACAUACUCCGACAGCAACUCAUGUGCACAGCCGACACCGGUGUCCUCGGCCAAAUCUGGGUCUACCCAGACAACCCGGAGCCGUACGCCGACUUCAACUCCCGCCACCGAUGCAAAAACUUCGACGAGAUCCGCCAGUGGGCCGAAGAUAACCAGCUGCCCGAAAACCUGCCCGAGGAUUUCCUGCAGCGACCCGGACCUGGCGAUCGUAUCUACAAAGAAGUGCCCUAG